AUGGAGAACUGUUCAGAGGUGAAGGAGUUCAUCCUUGCUGGAUUAACAGAUGCCCCUGAGCUUCAGGUCCCCCUCUUCAUAAUAUUCACUAUCAUCUACCUCAUCACCCUGGUGGGGAACCUGGGCAUGAUAGUCCUAAUAUUGUGGGACUCUCGUCUUCACACACCAAUGUACUUUUUCCUCAGUAACCUCUCUCUGUCAGAUAUGGGCUACUCUUCCACCAUCACUCCUAAAGUGAUGGCUGGAUUCCUCCUAGAGGACAAAACCAUCUCCUAUAGUGGGUGUGCCACACAAAUGUUCUUCUUUGUGUAUUUUGCCACUGUUGAAAGUUACCUCCUGGCUGCUAUGGCCUAUGAUCGCCAGGUAGCUGUGUGUAAACCCCUCCAUUAUACCAGGACAAUGACGUCCAGUGUAUGUGUCUGUCUGGUGAUUGGAACCUCUAUCCUUGGUAUUCUUUUUUCCUCCCUUCACACAGGAAACACCUUUAGCCUUGACUUCUGUAAUUCCAACAUGAUUCAUCACUUUUUCUGUGAUAUUCCACCCCUUUUAGUUCUCUCUCGUUCUAUCACAUACAUCAAUGAAUUAGUUGUCUUCUUUGCUGUAGGAUUCAAUGUAUUUUUUGCCCUUUUUUUCAUCAUGAAAUCCUAUUUUUUCAUUUUCAUUGCCAUUUUGAGGAUGCGUUCAGCUGAGGGCCGCCAGAAAGCAUUCUCUACCUGUGCUUCCCAUCUCACAGCUGUAUCCAUAUUUUAUGGAACAGUGAUCUUCAUGUACUUACAACCUAUCUCUAGCCAUUCCAUGGACACAGCCAAAGUGGCUUCAGUGUUCUACACCAUGGUCAUCCCCAUGUUGAAUCCUCUUGUCUAUAGUCUGAGGAAUAAGGAGGUUAACAAUGCUUUUAGGAAAAUCAUGGGGAGACAAAGCCUUCACUAG